GUAAGAGGUUGAGGAGGCGGGGGUGAGCCGGUGAGAGCCGGAAGAGCUUCCGGGAGACUUCAACUUUACCUCUUCAGUGUACCGAGCUGCCCUCCGCCAUCCGCCGCCCGCACGCCUCGCCUCAAACUCCGAUCUGCCGAAGCUGUUUUCUCGCGAGGAAGCGGCAAUGGCAAUGUCUGUGGAUUUUAAAACCAAUGCGGAUCAGGCUUGUAGAGCUGCUGAAGAAUUUGUUAAUAUAUACUAUGAGACCAUAGAUAAAAGAAGAAGGGUACUGACCAGAUUGUACCUUGAUACAGCUACUUUAGUUUGGAAUGGAAAUGCCAUAUCUGGACUAAAUGCUUUGAGUGAAUUUUUUGAGACGUUGCCUUCCAGUGAGUUUCAGAUCAAUGUGGUAGACUGCCAACCUGUUCAUGAGCAAGCCACUCAGAGCCAAACAACUGUCCUCGUGGUGACCUGCGGAAUAGUGAAAUUUGAUGGGAACAAACAGCGCUAUUUCAACCAGAAUUUCCUCUUGACUGCCCAAGUCACACCAAACAGCACCGUGUGGAAGAUCGCAAGUGACUGCUUCCGUUUUCAGGAUUGGUCUAGUUAGGCCUGGCCAGAAAUGGGACUCGCUUGUCUCUGGCCCAAAUGCUCCAGUAUUCUUUCUUUAAACUGUUUAUAAUUCAUUCGUGUUUUCCUGUUGUCCAGUUCAUUUCAGAAGUGCUGUAAACCCAGGGUGCACCAGAGCUGAUAUGUCUUUAAUAAUGGUUUAACUUCCUAGUAGCCACUUUCGUGGCCACUCUUAAAAGCAGUGGAAUUGUGUUUGGCUGUAACACGCCUUUUAAAUACUCUGUUACUGAAAUGCUGAGGGCUUACUGCUUUGUUAAAAGGGUAACUACCCCACGAUAACAAACAGUAUAAACCUGAUCCAUCACAGAAAUGGAAUUCUUGGAGUCCCAUGGGCCCUCUCAUUAGCUUGAUAUCUCACCAUGGGAUGUACAGGGUUAAUAAUACACAAACACUUGCCUCCUUUCAAUAAACGUGAAAGUGGCCUCAACUUAGGAGUCAUGUAAGUCAGGACAAUCCAACAAUCAGAUUACUGCUGACUUUUACUAGCUGGGUUUUCAUAACUACUCAGAUGUUCUGGAAAUGUACUUGUGAAAUGAUGUUGUGAUUUUUGAUGAAUUAUAAAAUUAAUAUUAAAAACCGGUAGAACCAAACUGUUUUUGAAGCUAGAUAUAUUUGAAUAAACAUUUGGUGCAUAAAUGUU